AUGCCAAAAGAGAUUCUUUCAGAAGACUUCACUUCAAUUGACACUUCGAUGUCUUGGGACUCUGCCGGUUCUGGUUAUGCUUCGGUCGAUUUUACAGAGAUUCCCUUCAAUCCUGACUUCAACUCGUCCAGUUCAACCCUCGACUCGUCAAUUGAAAUCGUCGAAUCAGAGAUCCUGAGCAAUGAAAUCAUGGAAGAGUCACUUUCCGACCUCGUCUCGGAACUGUGCGAACUUUGCGUGGAGGACUCGCCCUGGAAUCAUUUUUCAAAGCUUCAUCCCCUCGGCCAAGGAUCUUCCGGAACUGUCUAUCUCUGUGAAAACGCGAAAGGCGAAAGAGUAGCUGUGAAGGAAAUCCCCCUUAACAAAUUGAAAAACAAGCAGCUCCUCCUGAACGAAAUUUGCGCGAUGCAGCACAUCGAGCAUUCCAACUUGCUCCCCCUCAAUCAAGCCUUCAUUUACGAAGAUGCCGUCGAUAGCGACCUCAAAGUGGCGAUCGUCACACCUUUUGCCGACCUCGGCAAUCUGAUCAGAUUCUGCAAGAAAACGCGUCACAGCGAAAAACUGACCGCUCUCAUCCUCCGACAGGUGCUUCAAGGCCUAGCCGAGCUUCAUCACAAUUCCAUUGCUCAUCGUGAUAUCAAGUCCGAUAAUAUCCUCCUCUCCAAGGACGGGAACGUGUUCCUGAGUGACCUGGGCUUCUGCGACGUUACUGAUGAUGAGGGAAAGUGUGGAGGAAACGCUGUCAUUGGAACUCCUUAUUGGAUGGCUCCAGAAGUGAUCAAGUUUGGAGCAUCAUCAAUCAAGUCUGACAUCUGGUCCGUCGGCAUUCUAGCGCUUGAGCUGUUCGAUGGAGAGCCGCCGCUCAUGUCCAAGUUCAGUGCGAUCGAGGCCGUCAAGCUCAUUGCGGGAUACACUGGUACCGUGGCACCUGCUGGUCCGAUGGAACUCCCGGAGCGAUUCUCCCCGCUUUUUCGCCACUUUCUCAAUAAUUGCUUUGCGCUCAAUCCGAUGUGCAGAGCGUCGUGCCAACAAUUAUUGAAUCAUCCCUUCUUGUCCCCCUGCGACUCUGUCAGCUUUUCUGACCUUCUAUCUUAG